UUAAGGGGAGUGGUUUUUUUAUUCAGUUCUUUUAUAAAAAUCAAUCUUUCCCAGAAAAACAAGGUCAAUAGGCAUCCAGCCUCCGCCCUCGCCUUCGUCGGUUUGAGAGAGGUUCUAAAGUACGCGAUCAUGGUGUGCUUGGCCUGCCUUCUGCCCCUCUUCCUCAUCCCAGUCGUCAACGCCUUGCCGUUGCUUGUGCAUUUCAUCCUCGGUAAGGUGUACAGACUUUUUGGUUGGGAAUACAGGAAACCUGAAAGAGUUCCUCCUGCUUGCCCUUACAAGCCUGUGAAGGAGAAGGAUACUCAAGGUGGCAGUGAGAAACACACAAAACCAGAAUCUCAGAAAGUGUCUGAAAACGAGAAGCAAGAAUGACGCUCUGAGACCCAUGUGUAGUGCUCCAUUUGCUUGCAGAUUGGAAUACCAUAUCCAAAGACUUAUUCAAAAAUAAUAGAAAAACAGAAAAUGUGAAGACCAAUGAGCAUCAUCUUUUUGUUAAAUCAUUUGCUAUGCUUGCUUCAAUUUAGUACAUUCCCACUUUCCAAAGAUAAACCAGUGAUUGACUGCAUUUGUACA